AUGGCCAUCGACAAAAUUGUCACCGAGCCCAGCCUCGUUGCUGUCCUGCAGAUAUCCGACCAGGCACGCGAUCAGGCCGAAUCCCUCGUCAAGGUCGUCGAAGAAAUCGGCGACGGGACCCUCUCUGCCGAAGAGCAAGCAGACGUCGCGAAGCAGCAGAAGCUCCUCUUCACAAACAUUUCGCAUCUGCGAGGACUUCAUCGGAACGCCUGCUUCUCCGCGCGCGAAACAAAGACCGAGACUGCCGAGGCGCGUCAAGAAGUUGACCGUUUGCAUCUCCAGCUCCAGAACCUGUUCUACGAGCAGCGACAUCUUCAGGGAGAGAUUUCAGCUUGCGAGUCUUACGAUCACAAAUAUCAACAACUCCCUCUCAUCCCUUUGGAAGAAUUCCUCACCCAACACCCCGAACACGCAAACGAUGAUGAAAACACAUUGAUGGUGGCCCGCAUCGAUCACGAACGAGCCGAGCGCGAGGCAUUGGAGCAGCAGAGACAGGAACUUCUGAAGCGGAAACAGAAACUGAUUGCCGACAACAAGCGAAGGAAGGAUGACCUGGCCAGUCUGGAUAACGAUCUGGAAAAGUUCAUCGACGCCGCGAAACCCAUCCAGAAGCUGUUCGAAAAAGCACCAUAA